GAAAGAAAGAGGUGACGAGGGAGAGGAGGAAGGGGACGACCUUUUCUUUUUCUUUUUUUUUUUUAAAAAAAGAUGAGCUACGAAAAAGUGCCCCAAGAGCCGUAUCCACCCCUGGGAUACGGAUCUCUAUAUCCUCCGCCUUCCGCUCCACCGCCGCCGCCGUCCUCCUACGAGGGCUACCCGCCGGCUCCAGGAUAUCCUUUUCCUCCUCCGCCCCCGCGUCCCGGGGGUUAUCAAGGAUACUUCUGCCACCAUCCGCCACCGCCCCCGCCCCCGCCGCAGGUCUACCACUGUGAUCACCACCAUUGCCAUGAUGACUCUGCCGGUUGCAUCUCUUUCUUGCGUGGAUGUUUUGCUGCUCUGUGUUGCUGCUGCAUAUUGGAGGAAUGCUGUUUAUGAUUAUAUCCAUCAAUACAACAUGUACUUCAUUUGACAUCAUUUAUGGGCUUUGAUGGAGUUGUGAAUUGGUGAACUUAAUAUAUUUCUGGGAAGAAUCUCUACUUGCCAUAUUUUCAUGUGUGAGAUCUGUUAGCAUCAUACCAACUGUGAACUAUAUAUCUUUACCAUUACCGGACGUGCCGUACAUUUUUUCUGUUUUUUGUAUGCUUUGAUGGGUGAAUAAAAUCUAUUGUCGAUCUAUAUCACUUGACUUGCCGAAGUACUUUCCUUUUUUU